GUCUUUCUUUUAACAAAGGGGGAAACAAAUCUCCUUAACAAUAACCACGGGCACGCGAGGAUCGAUUACCGGAAUCCAUGAAAUUAGUUAAGUUUCUCGCUCCUAAAAUCCAUCAAUCCCCAGAAAAAAUGCCAGAAGGAAGAAGAAGCCCAUACAAGGACGGAAUCGAUAGAACUUUUAGCGCGGCUGCGGAUUUGGACGGAAUCCGCCUGGAGGAAGACGCGGCCGGCGACGGCGGAAACACUCGCGGCGGCGCAGCGGAGAAGGUCUCUAUAUCGGCGACGGCGUGCUCGGCGGUGCUGCUGGCGGUAGUGUGCUUCGCAAUCAGCCUCGCGAUUGUGCUACUGGUGAACUGCGUGAACAAGUCCAUCUGUCCGGUGCGCCGGAGCCUGCGCAAAACCGCCAUCGCCUCCGCGAUUUUCCUCGUGAUUUCUUCCACCGCCGCCGUGUAUCUCGCCUUCAAAGUUGUCCAAUCUGUAAGAAUUUACCUCAAGAUGUAGAAAUUGAGCUCCAACUUCAUUUCACCUUUAUCGCGAAUUCGAUUUGUUUCUGAUAACAAUCCUUCUUGUUGGCUCUAGAUUUGGGAAGAAACUCUUCAAAAUAUUGUACUCCCCAUUCAUUAAACUUGUCAUUACUUUUACUAAUUACUGUGUUUUGAUUUUGUUUUGAAAACCUAAUUGCUGUGUUUUCAUUAUUCAGUAAUCCCCAGUCAAGAAAAAACAGUGAAAUGG